AUGAAGCCUCUUCCGUUGCUGGCCAACUUGACCUCGCCAAGCGAAUGGCCCAAGGAGCAACAAGCAAUUCGUUAUCCGUCUUCUGGCCUUCUGCUCAUCAAGAUCGGUGGUUACAUCAAGAAAAUUGAGGCUGAGCAUUCAGUGUCGGCAUCAAUGAAAUUCCCGUGUCAGUUGAUGGCAUCGGGAACGGAUCAGUAUUUCGAGACAGCGUUGAGUUUUUCUAAGAAACCAACUGAUUUGAAGUUCAUCGUUGGUGAGAUUACAAAACCGUUUGUUCGCCUGGAGCUCCACAAUACAUUUGGUUUAGCGAGUCAUGGAGGCAGCCGACGCCAAGUGAAGGUGGGGAUUUACGGAUGGGAUGUGGGAUUUUCGCUGCCGGUGGAAAAAGAGGAAAACAAAUGUUACAAGGUCGAGCUUGUAUUAACCGCAUCAUCCAAUUCAGCUCCAACUUAUUCACAUCUCGAGAUGUGUCGAUCCCCAUUAGUUACAGACGUCGUCCUACAACUCAUCGGUACAGAGGAAAGGGAAGGGCCAACGGUUCGGGUCGAGUUGGAUGCUGCUGACGAACCGUUACUUUACAUUCCUGGCAACUCUUCUUCGACGACGAAGCUUCAACCAGGAAGCAACUUAUUUAAAGUGUCUCUGAUGGAAAAAAAUGCCACCCAUGCCACCCCGCUGAUGACUUUGUCAGCCGCGAUGGUUGAUCCAAACGCUUUUGAAUCUAAUAGUUCAAUCAGCUGGCUGGAGCGGACGGUGCUGGUGCAGCUGACAACACAUUCGCAACGUUGGAAGGCGCGUAUGGUAGAUACGCUGAGUCGUGUGCUGGAUCUAAGCGACGACAUCACUGAGAAUGUCUCCCAACCGAAGUCCUUACCGAAGUCCUUAUCACUGCUGUCGAACCGAGUACCGCGGGCUGUACUCUCACUUCAACGAAUAUUAGCAGACAUAGCCCCGGAUGCACCUGUGGUUGUGCGUCGACACGUGUCGGAGCUGGCAGACCAGGCGGCCCAGGUUUUGAUGACGCAACUCCAAGAACUUCACGAGCUGCUCGCUCCCUACCACGAGCAAUUGACGAGCUUGGCGAGGCGCCUGACGUCUUUUUUGGAUUUCCCUCGACAAAGUCUUGAAAGAACUAAGCUGCAAGAUCGAUUGGAAUCAACACGCUUCGUUUUGGAGUCACUCCGAAAUUUGGACUUGGAAAACCAGCAG